CUAUAUCUAUACAUCAUUAUUCAAAACUUAGAAAUGGCGAACUUGAAUUUUUCUUCUCUCGUUUUGCUGUUCUCACUUUCUCUGAAUUUGGUGCUUACUUCUUCGGCAAUGUCCGCCCAAUCCACCGAUUCCAACUCCGCUUCCCCGGCGGUGCAUAUCGUUUACAUGGAGAAGCCUCGCGAUGAGGAACCUGAGGCCUAUCACAUCCGAACCCUAACUUCUGUUCUCGGCAGUGAAGAAGCUGCUAGGGAGGCUCUUUUGUAUAGCUACAAGAAUGCUGCCAGUGGCUUCUCUGCUAGGCUUACUCCCGAUCAGGUCGCGGAGAUUUCCAAACAAGAAGGAGUUUUACAGGUUGUCCCAAGUCAGACUCUUCAGCUGCAUUCAGGGCCUUCCCGCCUUCACUAGAAGAACAUGGACUCUUUCCAGCAGUUUGAAAGUGCAUACCUAAAUAAAGUGUUCUUUGUCUGUCUAUAUUUUGCUUAUAAUCACAUAUCUAUUCACUAUAUACUAUUACACUCACGUAUCUAUUUUCUAGGGAUAUUCGUACGAAUGGCUCAAACUUUUGGGUCUAGUCCAAUGUUUACUCACCGAAUCAAUAUAAGGUUGUAUGACCUUUUAUUGGUGUCACUUUACAAGUGCUCCAUACAUAUACGGUGAAGUUUUAGCCUUGUUCUAAGUAUCGGUUUUGGUCUAGGUGAAUGCAUAUGUUAUAAACUCAAAGCACAUGAGACCAAGAGUGCAAUCAAUUGUUGUUUUAGUAUUUUGCCUUAUUA